GUACAAUUCAGAUAUUGUUGAUAAUUUUUAGGAGGAAAUUUAAAAUGCGACGGGUUUCCGUUCUAUUUGAUUAUUAGUUGACAGCAUUUUUUUCGUUUAUUCACCGCGAAAUGGUGUGGCUAAUCAGACGAAAAGAUGGAGUAUCCCCUAUAUUCCCACUUCGUGGAUGCUUUUGCCUUGAUAACCGUUUGGGUUGUUUUAUAUCGACAAUAACCACUGCAAUUAGUGCUACCAUAUCAUGGAUAUUCGUGGUGCUUGAUCUAGUGACUUGGGCAAUUCCAGAUUUCGUUAUUGAUCCUCAGUUCCCGACUUACUGGCGUAUCAGGUUUUGGAAAGGCUUCAUAUUGUGUGAUAUCUUCAUGUUUUUUGCAAAUCUUAUUCUUGUGAUCAUGUCUACCAUUGUGAUUGUUGCAAUUUCUUGGCCAGCGAGAUAUAGACUUUACCAUUUGAAAUCAUAUCUUCGAGCUUGGUGCAUAAUCAUGGUUUUGUAUCAGAUUGCUAAUUUAGGGGUUGGUGUGUAUACAUAUUCUUGGUAUGGACUAGCUGCAUGGCGUGCACCGUACUUGAUCUUCAGUGUGAUGUAUUUCAUUGUAUGCUACGUUCUUUAUGUGAGUUAGGGUUUGUUUAAUUUCAGUUGUUGUGCCAAUUCGUCCCGUUGGUCGUUGUCAAAGCCUCGUUGUACAUUCAGUGUAUUAAGAUUUAUUUUUUAACAUAUUACAAUAAGCUAUCAUAAAUUUCUUUUGCAGUUAUGGUGUUGGAUAGUUUGCUGGUCGUAUAAAGUAGAGAUUGAUCUCGUUCUUGAAACCGUGGAUGAUAGCAUGGCCGUUUAUAUUUAUUCGCAAGUAGACGAAAACAGUCUGAGAACUGGGAUCUCUUCUUUUUACAAUUAGAUUAAACUUCUUUCAAAUUAGAAGGAAUGAAAAUAAGUUAUGUUUUUUGUUUCAGAUUGGAUUUUUAAUAGUUGGAUAUUCAUAUUAUUCAGAAAUCAGGUUGGCAUUAGUUGGAGAAGGUGAUCCAGAAGUUCUUCAAGAAAUUAACUUCCUCAGUGGCGCUGGGAGUACAAUGUCACCUCAUAUUUAUACAUUCCCACAGAACCAAAAAAUAUAAGUUUCAAAGUUUCGAUAUCAGUAACAUUCAAUUCAUACUGUAUCACUGUCUGCUGCUAUAAUGAUUCUCGAUAAAAUUUGAACUUGAUCUGAAUAUUAUGAACUUCUAGGGUUCUAUUUGUGAAAAAUUUGCAUUGGUUAAUACGUCAAGAUAUUUUCAUUCUCUGUUUCUUUUUUAACCGACUAUUGUCUUUCUAACAGCAUCAUACGUUUGUGAAAUAAAUUUAACAUUUAUGAUGUAAAUUUAAAAAAUCUGAGCAAUUAACUCACUCAUUUGA